GGAAUCAGCGUUUCUACCUCUACCCCUCUUCGUCUUGUUCUGCUCUGCUCCUUUCGAAGCCUUCGCCGCGUCUCCCCUCUCCCCUCUCCCCACGGGCUCUCGCCGGCGUACGGCGCAGGCCCCCACACCGCGUCCGCCGAGCUAGCCCGGUGCUAGCGGCCUGCCCAGGCCUGCGUUGGCCGGUCGCCGUGAGGAUAGGAGAUGACGGUGGCGGCGGGGCUAGGGUACGCGCUCAUCGCGCUGGGCCCCGCCCUCUCCAUCUUCGCCGGCGUCGUCGCCAGGAAGCCCUUCCUCGUGCUCACCCUUCUCACCAGCACUCUGUUCUGGCUUAUAAGUUUGAUCAUUCUCUCGGGAAUAUGGAGGGUGUUUCUUCCUAUAACAUCAGGAGCUUGGUGGCCAUAUGUAAUUCUUAUCCUUACAUCUGUUGCAUUCCAAGAAGGCAUCCGUCUUGUCUUUUGGAGGCUUUACAAGAAAAUGGAAGAGAUGCUAGAUUCCUUCGCUGAUAGAAUAUCUAAACCGCGCCUCUGUUUGACAGACAAGAUGCUAAUAUCUUUGGCUGGUGGUUUAGGUCAUGGAGUGGCUCACGCUGUCUUUUUCUGUCUUAGCCUUUUAACUCCAGCAUUUGGCAGAGCCACAUUUUAUGUUGAAAGGUGCUCAAGGAUGCCAUUUUUCCUCAUAUCGGCCGUUAUUGCACUUGGAUUCCUGGUUAUCCACACAUUCUCAAUGAUUGUUGCUUUUAAUGGGUAUGAUGAGAGAAAGAGGAGUGAUCAAGUAUUUGCUCCAGUUGUUCAUCUGAUUGCUUCUGUAAUGACACUAAUGAAUCUUGCACCUGAUGGAUGCGUGAUUGGUACACCACUGUUAUGCGUCAUGAGUGCGGUCACACUGCAGUACUGCUGGCGAAUGGUAUGGCAGAGAUUAUCUGAGCACCAGCAUCGGCAGUUCAACAGCUAGUGCCUGACGAUGCUCCUUACAUGGAGUCAUGUCAUGUCCUAUUUUAGUCUUUUAUAUGGGUACUAGGACCAAUGAUGUAGACAGAGAAUUAGUGAUGAUGCUACUAGUGGAUUUACAUCUUAUGAAAAAUGCAUGCAAUUCAAUCUCAUAACUGAGACAUUGAAGCCCA